AUGUCACAAGACAAUAAAGAUAAUGAAAAUAGAAUAAAUAAAAUAGUUCAACUACCAUUUAUAUUGUUAGGUUCAAUUGUUAAUAACAUAAAUGAUAACAUAGACAAAAUUUGUUUUAGUUUGGUUUGUAAGAGAUGGUAUGACAACAGAUCUCAAUUUUUGUUGUUUAAUACCAAAACCUUACGAUUCAGAGCUAAAUUAACCGAUGGUAAUGAAGUUAUUUCUGAUGAUGAGAAUAGUGGUUCAAAUCAGUCAGCAUCAUUCAACUCGAUCUAUCAUAAAUCAUUAAAGAUAAAGAGUGAUGCAAAAUUGAAAAUAUCAUCAAAUAUCGGAGAAGGUAAUUCAUUCAACGCGGUCACCAUUUGUCCAACGUCUUGUGAAUAUGAUUUUUUCAUGACUGUCGGUAAAAUACACAUAGCAUCGAUUGUAAAAUUCCAAUCAUUUCUACCAAAUAUAACAUAUGUUAAUAUGUGUGAGGUUUAUAUGCCAAAUAACAUGAAUGUUAAUAAACAUCUCUAUGAAGUGUUGUGGUCAUCACCCAAUGUAACAGAGUUUCAUGGUUGUCAAACAUUGAAGUUCAAACUACCUCCAACCAUAAAGGUAUUGUCAUUCUCUGAAUAUUUCAAAGAAGAGUUUACCAUUGGUUGUUUUCCACCUGGUAUUGAAGAGAUUAUACUGAGUUAUCAAUGUAAAAUCAUCAAACCUGGCAUUCUCCCAGAGGGUUUGAAACGUUUGGAUUUCGGAAGAUCCUAUCAACAUCCAAUUGGCGUCGGUGUUAUUCCAAGCAGUGUGACACACCUCACAAACUUUCGUUUCUCUGACAUCGAUGACAAUGUAGAGGAUCGACUGCCAUCCAAUCUGGAGUCUCUUCACAUUCAUUCAAGUUCUUUAAAGAUAUACUUAUCUGGUUAUCGAUUCGGCAUCGUUUCAGCAUUGUGGAAUCAACAGUUCUUAAAGUCAUUAACAAAGCUGACAACUCUGUCAACCUUAGACCCUGAGUCAUAUCCUCGAAGCGCACAGAAAAUAUUUGAUUUGUCUGAACUCCCACCAAGCAUUACCUAUCUAUCGAUAAACUCAAACUUUAAAAUAGUAUCAGCCAUGCCAUCAUCAAUCAAAUAUUUACAUCUUUAUCAAUCGAAAUUUAAUAAUGAAAUGUUUCCAGACACCACACAAUACCAUCUCGAGGAAUUGAAGUCUGGAUCCGUACCAAUGAACAAACCUAAUGUCAAGGUCAACAGAUUUGUUAAAUUGUACGAUGAGGUAGAGAAAUAUCCUUCAAAAACAACACUACCCACUCUCCAAACAGUGGAAGAUGCUAUCAAAUCACAAACAUUGGCACAUACACAAUAUCUUAAUGUCGCAAUUAGUGAUUUCGUUGGCCAAGCUACCAUUCCAAGAGCUAUCGAUAUACUUGAUUUCAGCGGUUCAGUACGUAACGUGGAUUCUAUCGAUCUGGUUCCAAGAACAGUUAGAACAUUGAUCAUUAACUAUAGACUUGUGAAUCCAACACACAUUCCUCCAAACAUUACCAACAUUAUCAUUCAAGAUAAUGAGAAAUCUUGUCAUAUUAGAAGACUUGAUACCAACUAUUUUUUAAUGUUUGGUUGGACAAAUUUUAUAUCAUUAAUGAAAGAAGAUACUCGCCAUAACAUAAUAAUAUUUCACCAAGAUAAAUUCAAUGAAGUUCUCAGCAAAUCAAGAUCUUCAAAGUUAUUAUUAAAUUUUUCAAAAGAAUAA